GCAGCCAUUUGUCAAACACAACCUCAAAGAUGACAACAACAGCCACUGACAUCUGGCUGGAUGCUGCCAAUUCAAGCAACUACUCAUAUGAGUACAUGGAUGAGGAGGAUUAUGGGCAGUAUGGCCUCUGCACCAAAGAGGAGGUGCUCUCCUUCAGCAAAGUGUUCUUACCAUCAUUUUACACAGUAAUCUUCCUGAUUGGGAUGGCCGGGAAUGUCAUCCUGUUUAUUGUCCUCAUUAUGUACAUCAAGCAGAAGAAGAAGAUGACUGAGCUCCGUCACAUGGAGGAAGUCCACUCUCAUCUCACCCUUCCUUUCUGGGCUCUGCACAUUUCUCAGUGGGUCACCUGGGACAUACUGUGCCCAGUCUUAAAUGCCAUGUACACUAUGAACUUCUACAGUGGCAUCUUUUUUGUGAGCUGCAUGAGUCUGGACAUGUAUCUGCAGAUAGUCCAUGGUUGCUUUCCUCACAGCUCCGUCACAUGGAGGAAGUCCACUCUCAUCUUGUUGAUGGUAUGGGCCUUUUCCAUACUUCUCUCCAUUCCUGAUGGCCUCUUCACCAGCACAAGGCAAAUCCACAACAAAACCAUCAUGUGCAUCCAGGAUUUUGGGCAGAAACACUUAUUUUGGAAAGUUGUCUUUCGGGUCGUUCAAAACAUCCUGGGGUUCCUUUUCCCCUUCCUCUUCAUGAUGUUCUGCUACUCCCGCAUCGCAUGUGUCCUCACCACAUCUCAGAUGCCUGGCUCAAGGAGAGCACUCUGCUUAGUCUUUAUUCUGGUGGGUGUCUUCUUUGUCCUGUGGUGCCCUUACAACAUUGUCCUCAUCCUUCACUCCCUGCAAGAUUUUGGUGUGAUCAGCAGCUGUGAAAGCAGCAGAAAACUGGACUAUGCCAUGCAGAUCACAGAGAGCUUGUCCUUUGUCCACUGCUGUCUCAACCCUUUCCUCUAUGCCUUUGUGAAAAAACGAUUCAGGUCAUAUUUAUGGAAGAUCCCUCAGGCCAUUUUCAGAAGAAGAGCUUUCUUUCACAUCCAGCCCUCAGAGACAAGCCAGUCUUGCAGUAGACAUGCAGCUGAGAUAGAAAUGUUGAGCAUUGCUCUGGACUUGUCUGGUACAAAGUGA